UGCUGCCCCCGCCCGCCGCGCGGACGGAACCGGCCUGGGAUCGCCAGGCCCAACCAAGCUCCACCGUCCGCGCCCGCCAGCACGGGAUCAAAAUAUCUGCCUACCGAUCGCCACCGCGUUCCAGCCAUACACGAUACGGCGGCCAUCUUCCCGGCAGGCAGUAACAGGCAGCUAGUGGAUCGGAUUCUUCGGCACCAGCUGGGAGCUCUCUCGCGGUCCGCCAUGGCCAUGGUCGCCUCCACCUCUUUCACGUACCACAAGCCGCGUCUCGCGGUGGUGUGCAGGAAGAACAAGGACGGGCGGGACAAGGAGAAGGAGCACAAGCACCCCUUCAAGGUCGUCGAGAUCACGCCGCCGCCGCGCUGCCUCGGCGUCCGCUGCUUCCCCACCAACAUCCACUGCGGCGAGAGCGUGACGAUCGAGGGCCAGGCGUACACGGUGUCUGCGGUGACGCACCGGUACCAGCUGCGCAAGGGGCGGUACGAGCCGAGCGAGAAGCGCCUCGACGUCCUCUCCACCGGCAGAUACAUCCUCAACCUCUACCUCCAAAACCUCCUCGACCAGUCCUAGCCCUACCUGCUGGCUGCUGCUACCUCUCCAUCCACAACUACCACACACACACACACUCUACCUGUAAAUAAUGCUGCCCGAUUGAUCGAGUGAGUCCCCAAUUCUCUGUCGAUCAUAGUGGAUGGACAAUCAUCCUAGACGAUCACUUGUCAUGGACACCAGUAGCUUCCCCCUGCUUUGUGCUCUGUAUAACUGAGGAAAAGAAGAAGAAGGCGAAUCGAGGCAGAAAGUAUUCAGCAAA